CUCUCAUUUUCGUCACAAGCUUUACUCACCGGUCACGGGGUGCAGGUAGUAAUUGAUACUGAGCAUCGUCUUGGGACGGCCGAGCCCGGCUUGGUGCGAUGGUAGGAUGGUCGGAGUACAGACAGCAACCAUCCCACACUACCCAACUCCUUCUGGUCUCUCCCUCACGCUAUCCUGACGACUACGAUUCCGCCGAUCUUGCUGAGAUAACUACCCGAGCCUGUUGAAGAGACUGUGGGUUGGGGUCACACGGAGAGCGUGAUGGGCUUCAGAAAAAAAUGGGACUCUUUCCUGGAGGAGUGCCGGAACUCCCGCGUGCUGGUGCUCAUCAUUGUCUUCAUCGCACUCCUGUUAGACAGGAUGCUUAUAACAGUUGUAGUACCUAUCCUCCCAGAUUAUAUCUACAAGUUGAAUCACCCUCGACUGCCUUAUUACGUGAACGGCAACUCAACGCUACCUGCGGAUCCAACUCUAAGCGCAACAGCAACGAACCAGACGGAUCCACCACCUCCACAGCAUUUAACAACAACCACUCAGCGUACCACCCAGGACUCACAACGACCGACGGAAAACCCGGAGUACUGGCAGCCGACAGAGUACUGGGCCCCUACGGGCAUCAGUUAUCCCUCCUCACAAACAACACAGAAAUCCCCGACAAAAAAUCCCCAGGAUACAUACCACGAGGUGCCAACAAAUCAAGAUUUAGUAGAUGAGAAUUUACCCGUUGGUAUACUAUUCGCGUCCAAGGCAACCAUCCAGCUUAUAGUCAACCCAUUUGUGGGUCCAAUGACAAACAGAGUCGGCUAUGGGAUCCCCAUGUUCAUUGGCUUUGCCAUUACCCUUGUAUCAACAGUAGUAUUCGCCUUUGGAGAGAGUUAUGCCGUUCUCUUCAUCGCCAGAAGCAUACAGGGGAUCGGGUCUGCCUGCUCAUCCGUUGCCGGAAUGGCGGUGGUGGCUGACCGGUACCCGGAUGACGCAGAGAGAGGGAGGGCCAUGGGGAUAGCUCUGAGCGGGAUCGCACUGGGCUGCAUCGGCGGCCCGUUGUUUGGUGGUAUCAUGUACCAGUUCUUCGACAAGAGCGUGCCGUUCCUUAUCCUAGCAGGCAUCGCAUUGCUGGAGGGCUGCUUGCAGUUGUUAGUACUUCGACCAGGAGCAAAGAAAGAGAUCCUGAUGGAAGGAGCUCCAUUGGGCGUGCUGCUCAGGGAUCCGUACAUUGUCAUUGCAGCUGGGUCAAUAUGUUUUGCCAACAUGGCGAUCGCCUUGCUGGAGCCUACCCUCCCUAUCUGGAUGAUGGACACACUAGAUGCUCCCAGCUGGCAAAUCGGGUCCAUUUGGCUGCCGUCUAGCAUUGCGUACCUUGUUGGAGCGUACAUGUUUGGCUUCAUUGCAACCAAACUUGGAAGAUGGCUGUGCGGACUGCUUGCCAUGAUCUUCGUCGGGGCUUCCAUGAUUUGGAUGCCUUGUGCCAGAAGCUUCCAUGGACUCAUCCCUCCAAACGCUGUGCUCGGUCUGGCCAUCGGAGUGGUGGACUCGUCUUUGAUGCCGAUCAUGGGGUAUCUAGUGGACAGAAGGCACGUAUCAGUGUACGGAAGUGUCUACGCUAUCGCCGAUGUCGCCAACUGUGUCGGAUUUGCUAUUGGACCUGCCGUGGGUGGAGAAGUUGUCGUCAAAUACGGAUUUGGUUGGCUGAUGUGGGGUAUUGGGAUCAUCAACAUCCUGUACUCUCCUCUGUGUAUCUUCUUGAGAGAACCACCAGGAAAGGAGGAGAAAGAGGCUAUCCUGGCACAGGACGAGUGCCAAGUGACGUACAACGCUUUCCAUCAACAACCGGACGCCGAAAAACAACCUGAAGAUUACGAGGAGGACGAGAUGAUGAAAAAGCAGAAGCUAACCAUCGAGUAAAACCGGGGAAGAGCCGCUCAGGCCCAAGGGUCCAUAGAAUGAACCCCAAACGCCUCGCCCUUAUGUGUGCAUUUCUAUGAACAAAGAAAAAGAGUUUAUUUAUGCAUAUACUGGAGUCUUUUACUUGGCAGGGGAUUUCGUAAAACACCGCACUGAGGAAGGUAAGUUCAUACUAAAGACCACAUAACAAAGGGCGAGGCACAGCACUCAACCCCCUGAAUAACAAACCUUCUCUUCAAUACAAACAAAAUGCUGAAGACAAACCGUUCAUCGUUAUUAGAAGUCAACUGCCAACUGGUAUAACAGUUGUGACUUAUCCAUUCAUAACAUCAUUUCACCAUUCUAACCCGAUUGGUCCAUCUCUCUAACAUCACAUUCAUGGCAUGGUGAAUCCAUCGCAUCACAUCCAUCGCAUGGUUCAGACUCUGUGUGUGCGUUGAUCGUAUUUGGGUGCCUUUGGCGUCUUGUUGAAGAUUUUGACUCGUGGAUGUACCUUAUAACAACCAACCUGUAUUUCUAAAAUUCGAAAAAUUUGUGAAUGUGAUUUUGAUCAUGAAGUACACGUCAAUUUGGUUGACUUUGGAGAAAAAACGAAAACGACAAAUAGCAGAAGAAAACCUAAGAAAAGUAUUCGUGUUGAAAAAAAUCUUAUAAUAACUGCAGUUUAUUACAUAACCUCUGUCUAAGACUCAUAUUUAGUAGUAGGUCAUUGUGGCACUUGGUAAGUGCGGAUACAAAGAAAUUGGUGGCGCUGGAUUUUAAUUCGUAAGAAUGAAAAUAGAGACUAAUUGUCGGCUACGAAAACUAGCGAGGGCCUCAGAAGCGGUGAAGUUCGCACCUGGCUUACUUCAGGACAGAAUGGAUGGAGUACUCAAGUUAGAUAGCUCCACGGCCACGUCGGCCAUUUUGGUUUUCUUCAGUAGUUCAUUUGGAACGAGGUGCGCAAGCGCGAAACGAAAAGCAUGCCGGGAAUGAUGUGCCAUAGGAAAGGACAUGAGCCCACCAGCAAUAAUGAUUUGUCAUGUUAUCGCUACGUCAUUUUGUCACACUUCAUGUUACCAUUAGUACAUUUAAUCCUUACUAUACGGACAUGGAACUUAAGGUGUUCACCAGGUCAUACUUGGUGUAUGCAUUUGUAUUCCAUUUUAAAACAUAAAUACUGACUCACUUCAUCGUUCGCUAGUACAUGAGACGAUUAACAAACAUACAGUCAAAUUGCAACAUCGUUGUGUAUGGUGCUCGUUGCUUAGCAACGACAGCAGUCUGUUCUACCGCCAUCGACCAAUGGUGUACUCGAUGGAUAUCUCACGACAAAAAAGGAACUAACACAAAAUUAUUUUCAAUGUAUAGAGAUCCACUAAAACAUGUUUUGUUCUUUCACGAGAACAAUUAGAUCAAGAAUCUCUUUUAGAGUUGUAAAAAUACAUUGGAUAAAA